CUUCGGAAGGCUCAACAUCCAGAUGUAGACGCGGGAGUUAACAUUAGUGAUUUGUUUCUUAUUUCUUAGUUUGUUCCAUUAUUUCUCUUUUCUUUGAUUUUUGGCUACUCUCCCUGUGGUGUAGUAGGCCUAUAUAAUUUUCCACACAAGUCGGAAACGUGAAAGUCUUAAACGAAAGACCGAUCAUGGCGAUAUAUAUAUUAGCGGGAAAACCCCAAGUAUUUUGUUGUCUGCUGCUUCUGGUAGCGGCGCCACCGCGCACGACGGCCUUGCAUAGCAACGAGCACGGGUACAGGGACACCGCAGCUGGCGAGCCGGAGCUUGCCCAGGGAGAAAUCGACGAGCUGCUGGCGAGACACAACGAAGGUCGUGCAGAAGUUGAGCCGACUGCCGCCAAUAUGAACAAAGUGCGUUGGAACCAUGAACUGUACGUGGCGGCCAAAGAAAAGGUAGAGACCUGUUCAUACGUCAUCGAUAUACCGGCAGAGACGGGACACUACGGGAGAGUGGUCCAGUUUACUGGAAUCUCACGGCGACCUACUUUUGAUUUGGCGGAUGCAGUAGAUACGUGGAUGUACUUGGGUAAAGACAGCUACAAUUACGAACAGGACACAUGUAGCAGAGACGACAUCUUUUGUCAAAUGUAUAAACUGUUUACCUGGGCACCGAUGGAGAUCAUAGGUUGUGCACACACUCUAUGUACCACACUCGAGGAUACAUACACAGGUCGUACCCUUCUAAACACCUACUAUUGGAAGUGCAACUACUAUCCUGUUGGCGACUUGGAUGAUGCCAACCCCUACACGGUCGGUACUCCGUGCCUCGAUUGCCCUGACAAUACUGGCUGGUGUAACAGUGAAUACGACAUGUGCGAUCCCGAAUGUAGCUCAAGCGAUGAUUCUUGUGACUGCCUUUACAGUGAUACAUGUAGUGGUGUAUAUGACUACGACUCGGAGGCUUGUUCGUGUACCUGUAACCAUGCCCAGUGCCAGGAUGACCAGUUUGUGUGCAUCUUGAAGUGCGGCAACCCUGCUUGGGCUGUAGUUAAUAACGACGCAGGAAUAUGUUUCUGUAAUUGCCCGGCGGGCUACGAGAAAAAUGAAGCUGAAGAUGAAUGCAAUGAUAUCGACGAAUGCCUCGGCGAUCCGACACUAUGCGAGCACAACUGCGAUAACACCGAAGGCUCUUACGAGUGCAGCUGUUUGCACGGCUUCGAACUGGACGUCGAUGGCCACAGCUGCACGCCCUCCUUCAUGAUCGGCCGUCACGAUCCCAGCCUCAUCCGACAGGCCUCGUCCACGAUAGCUCCUUCGACUGCCGAGGAAACAACUGAGGAAAUGACAGUGACGUCGGAGGAGAUGUCGACGACGGAUGAGACGACUACGCAGGUCGAAACGACGACGGAAUGCAUGGUGUAUGACUGUAGCGCUCAAGGGACCUACGAUCCUGUUGACUGUACCUGUAUAUGCGAUGCCGGAUAUUUCUUCAACAAAGUAACAUGCGAAGAUAUCAACGAGUGUGAGACGAUUGAAACGGGAUGUGACAGGUGCCUGAACCUCCCCGGUGACUUUAGAUGUACUUCAUGUUUUGCAGGCUCGUUUUUACAUGAAGCGACUGGACGAUGCGAAGACGAUGUUUGCAACAUGCAAGAAGGGAUGCAUUGCAGCGAUAAUGGAUUCCUAGACGAAGAUAUAUGCGAGUGUGUCUGCUUCUCUGGCUACAAAGGAACACUAUGCGAAAGUACAUGUGCAGUGACCGAGUCGAGUUGUUGGUUUUCAUAUGAUCCCGUACCACCUACCGACCCGAGUCAGUGUGUGGUGUACUGCCCGGAGUGUGAAUGCGAAGGUUACCAACCAUGCCACCACAGUGGUAUUCUUGCCAGAGCUUCAGGGUUCGAAUUCGUCAAGAAUGGUAUCUGUCGCUGCUACUGUCCUUUGCCUUGGAGCGGAGAUCUGUGUGACGAGUGCAACCUGACAUGUGAGAAUGGUGGUACCCUCAACCCUGUAGAUUGCUCCUGUUCUUGUGGCAGUAACUGGUAUGGCAUCGAUUGCUCAAAACCAUGUAACCAAACUUCACGACUGUGCACAACCCGAACCCUGAGUCUAUGCGGGGACGUACCAAUCAUCGAUGAACACUGUCCAGUCAUGUGCGGCAUCUGUCUCGGAAAAUAGUCGUGAGAUGGUCGCGUGAGCGCCAACGAUUCGUGAAUGUGAACUACUACUCGGGAUCCCCAGCCUUUUCUUCGCUAUCUCCUCUGACAUGUUUUAAUUGAAAUUAAAAAUCUGAAAUGUGAUUGAUCACAAGGACUG